AUAAUAGCCUGUGCUUCAUUUAUUGAGGCUUUUACACUGACAUUCGGCGAGCAAAAAACUUAUCCUCCGCCGCGUUUAACUAAAACAAUAAUAUGCCAGGGAAAUCUUGCGCAUGCUGCAACUCCACGAAUGACGCUUCUUACCACACUCCGUGCAGCGACUGUAACUCUAAAUGCAAAAAAGCCGGAAGGUGUAAAAAAGGAAAGUGCGACCAUGGCAGCUGGUGUGUUUUGCUGUGAUGAUUUCAGACUGGAAGGACUCCUGCACUGUAAUGUAACAAGAUAUCAAAGACCAAGAUUUAGAAGGACGACUAAUGAAGCCUCUAUCAACAAGGACAGAAGCGUUUUUCGUAUUUUAUUUUUUGGAGUCAUCACAAUUUGUUCACGUUACGAGCCUAAAACAGACUUAUUCACUCGUAUAAACAAGGCACAAAGCUUUUAAUCAUUGUUAGCCUAGCAUGAAACAAUUGAAGUAUUUGGAUUAGUUCUUAGGUAGGGUCCUCAUCUGAACGAGAAUUAAGACAUUUUUUUGCAACCUAAGCAGCUAAGCACCUUUUUCGUGCGUAUGAUUAAUAAUGUUGUUUAUUUGACCUAUGAUCCACGAGAGAGCAAUAUAACAUCUAAGUCAUCAUUUCGCACACGAAUGGAAUAUAACAGAAGAUGCAAAAGACCUGACAAAGAUAGAGUCAAUAAACAUCACAACAAAAGUAA